ACAGUUAGAGAGUAGAGGCAGAGGAAAGAAAAGGAGAAUGAAAAAGGGCCAUAGUAAAAGAGCCAUUUGCAUUCAAUGUGGAAAAAAAUCCAACUUAUACACAUCUUUUUUUUCAACUCUGGUCAUAGCCGCUCCAAGUCUUUUCCUUUUUUGUGAAAAAACGGUGCUUGCCAACACCUUAUAGAUUUUCCGUGGCGAAGCGAAGAAGAAGUGGAUAAUUAUUUUUGGCACCAUAUUUUCGUUAUUUUAUAAAUCUCAGCAUGGCGGAAGCUGACUGGGAUACUGUAACUUAUUUAAGGAAGAAAGCACCAUCAGCAAAACAAGCAAAAUCUCAAAAAGCUGUCAAUAGCGCAUUGAGGCAAGGUCAACAGGUAGAAACAAAUAAAAAGUUUUCCGCUGGGACAAACAAGCAGCAUUCUUCGUCUAAAGACACUGCCAAAUUAGACCGGGAGACGGAGGAACUUCAUCAUGCGCAUGUGAGUCUAGAUGUGGGUAAGGCAAUCCAGAGAGGUCGACAAGGAAAGAAUCUUACUCAGAAGGAAUUAGCCACUAAAAUCAAUGAAAAGCAGCAAGUCAUCAACGAAUACGAAUCGGGAAAGGCAGUUACUAAUAACCAGAUUCUUGCAAAAAUAGAAAGAGUUAUUGGUUUGAAGCUAAGAGGCAAGAACAUUGGAGACCCGCUGGGGGGCAAGAAGAAAUAAGGCAAGGCUAUGCUUUUGCUCCCCGAUAUCUUCAUAUACAUGGCCUUGGGUGGUAAGCACCCGGUAGAAGUCCUUUCACGGCAUUAUCAAACUCUCAUCAAUUAGUAGUUGUUAUGGUAACAAAAACGUUCUUGAUUAACACCCUACUCUUCAUAUUAUCAACUAGACUCCACCGAGAAAGAACACCCAAGAUAAUCACCCAGUAGAGUCCUUUCCAUGCAUUAUCAAGCUCCCGUCAAUAAGUGGUUGUUAUGGUAACAAAAGGUUCUUGACAAGGUUAUAGUCGAGGCCAUGUUUAUCCGGCCUCAACCUUGGCCCGAGUCAUAAGUACAAAGUUUUUGAGAAGUUUUUCUUUAGCUACCUAGUGACUCAAAACUAUUGACCACGACUACAUCUCUUGUUCUUGAUAUAAAAACACCACUUGUCAUAUUAUAAACAAGACUGAAAAGAGAAAUAAAAGACAAAUUUGUGUUUACAUUUUUAUUAAUUUAAAUACAACUUUUUUAUCCUUUGCAAUAAUACCUCAGAUUUUCAGACAUUUGAUUUUUUUGAUUGGGGAUGUGCAGUACAGCUGAAUUCUGAGGGGGUUGAACAUUAAUCUGUGAAACAUUCAUUUGUGUCUGUUACUAACAUGGGAAGUGCCAAGCUCCCAUUUCAGUUUUUUUAAUUAUAUUUGUGUUUUGUUGAUGUCCAUGAUUCCAACGACAAAAAUUAUAAAACAAAUAUACUUAUAUCAUAUUAUUAGCUUGUUAUUUUCCUGUUUGAAUGGUUCUCAUAAUACUGAUUUAUUAGGGUGUUUGACUUAUCAUACAAGUUCUAUUGCUACAUAUAGCAUUUUCAUAAUCCCAUUCCUGCUCUUCAAAUUAGGAAUGUUAUUAGCCUUGUUUGCAUCAUCAUUCAUAUAAUAUGUUGUUCAUUGUACCUCUGAUAUUUUCUAUGGUUUUGAGGUUAUUGUCUGUCAAAGUGUUAUAUACUUUGUAUGAGGAAUUGUUAAAUCUUUGAGUUUCCCAGCCAUUGGAACAAAACAAAAAUAGGGGGAGGGAAAAAAGAUACUUUCUGAAUUGGGGCUAUUUGAAAAAGAAGUUGUUGAUGCCAAAUGAAUGUGACAUUGAACACUAGCAGAUUUAUUGAGGUUCUUUCCAAUUUUGUGAUGGUCAAUUUUUGACAUUUGAAUCAACCUUUGCCUGGGUGUACAUAGUAAUCAGAUAAUGUAUGAGGGGUAGCUUACUUUUCCCUUAUGCUACAUCCAAGACAAUCACAGCUCAGGGCUUGUCUGAAGAGUUACGAUUGAAAUCAAUCUCAGAUGUUUUAUGCUUAAUCCUAAAUUGACUGGGCUAUUUUGUCAUCUAAAAAGAUAGGGGUGGGGCGAUGCAUCACUCCCCCAUAUUCUAGUCAGAAUCAAACCAAACUUUAAUAGUACGCACAAUGUGUCAUGUAAACUACAAGAAUGCACUUUCAGAUUUAUGAUACCUUCUGUAAUCAAUUUUAUAUUUAUGCAAAUCGAAAUCAGAAAGUUCUUUUUAUGUUUCUAUUCAUUAAUUUUUUUUGAUUAAAAUACAUGAACCUUACAGAAUAAUUUAUAAAUUUGAAUUAUUUGUUAUUUGAUUCUAAAUCUGAAAAUUCAUAUAUAUGAAUUUUGGGCCAAAUCAUGAUUU